CAAAACAAAUACAGAAGUGAUCAUUUUUCCAGAUUUUAUAAUGCGUAGAGAGAUAUAUUGCACAAAGGCUCAGUUAUCUUUUUCAGACAAUGCCUUUAAGGUGGAGGGCUUGGCUAUGAAUGGCACAGAUGGAACAUUUAGCUUUGAAUGGGCCAUAGAUGAUAUUGUUAGUAUCCAGUCUGAAUGGUGUGGAAGGGUUAAAACUGCUUGCAUAUGUCUAGUUCUUAGAUCAAAGGAUUCUAAAACAGCUGGAAAUGCAAACGAGACUUCAGGCAUUGAGAACUUAAGGUUUUCAGUCUAUGAUCCUUGUUGGUCUAAAAGGCAGGCAGCAAUCCAAUCCUUGAAUGUGAGAUACAAGGAUAUAUGGAAAAUUAUUUUUGAGAUUGACAGAGAAAAUGAAGAAAAUGCCUUAAGGGAACAGAACAGUGAUGUUUUCUCCAAGCAUUAUUUUCCUAAUUUGCACAAAUCUUUUGAAGAGGUUUUCUAUCCAGAAGGUGACCCUGAUGCUGUUUUGAUUAGAAAGAGAGACAUUGAACUUCUACUUCCAGAGACAUUCAUUAAUGAUACUAUCAUUGACUUCUAUAUUAAGUAUCUGAAGAAUAAAAUUCAAACUGAGGAGCAGCAUAGGUUCCACUUUUUUAAUAGUUUCUUCUUUCGUAAGCUAGCUGAUCUGGACAAAUAUCGACCAAGUGCUUGUGAAACAAGUGCAGCAUUUCAACGUGUUCGUAAAUGGACAAGGAAAGUUGAUAUGUUUAAAAAGGAUUACAUUUUCAUUCCUGUAAACUACAGUCUGCAUUGGAGUUUGAUUGUCAUUUGUCAUCCUGGUGAAGUGGCUAAUCUCAAUGAUGAUGAUCUUAAUGAUUUACCUAAGGUUCCUUGCAUUUUGCACUUGGAUUCAAUUAAAGGAAGUCAUAAAGGCCUUAAUAAUCUUUUUCAAAGUUAUUUAUGUGAAGAGUGGAAAGAGAGGCAUAGUGGGGUUGCAGAUGAUAUUUCUUCAAAGUUUUUUCAAUUACAGUUUGUUCCUCUUGAGCUACCACAGCAGGAAAAUUCUUUUGACUGUGGCCUCUUCUUGCUCCAUUAUGUGGAACACUUCAUUCAGGAUGUGCCAGCUAACUUCAGUCCUUUUAAGAUAACAAAGUUCAGCAAGUUUCUUACAAGGAAUUGGUUUCCACCUGUGGAAGCUUCUUUAAAACGUUCUCAUAUCCAGAGGCUAAUCUAUGAAGUCCUGAAAGAUCAAUCUUAUAAAACAUCUUCUGCUGGUAGCAUUAAUGAAUAUCCUCUUUUCCAUUCACCUCAUAGAAGUGAGAAAGAAACUGGACACAAAGUUCUUGGCGAGAUGCACAGUUCAGAACAAACAUCUCAGGAUCAUUCCUCAAGUUGUAAUUCUCAGGAGGGAAUUAAAAUUUCACGGUCAGGAGUAUCCCUUCAAACUUCCAACCAACACAUUGAAAACUCAGUAGCAUUUGAGGAGUUUCUUAAGGUGGGAAAUGAUGGGCAAUCAUUCUCGGAUAGAAAUAAUCAGCAGGUUGGAACUCUUCCUAGUAGGAACGCCAUGUCUCCAAUAGAGGAGAUUGAAGGAACUGGUGAAAAAAUUGCUGUUGAUGCAUCAUCAGAUGUAGAUGGUCAGCAAGUUUAUGGAUUGCAAACAUCUCUUCCACGAGCAAGAUAUACUAGGAGACACUUCCAAGCAUUGGAACCAUCAUGGAAUCAGCAAGACUUGUUGCAUGUGGAGGACUCUUGUUCCGGAACCUCUUGUUCCGGAACCUCCAGUAGUGAUUUUCAGGUGAUAUCAGAGAUGGGGCCAGAAUUUGAGGGAUCUAGCCAUUUGGGGAGAACUGAUAAACCUGACUCUUCUUCAACCUCGAGUGAGUAUCUUGCUGACUGUGUUGUUGAAGAUUCUGAAGAUGAUGCUAGUGACAGGCACAACUACUGUGAGAGUAAACGUUUGCUUUCCUCCUUUUCUGGGGAUAUCCCCUCUUCAUCUAACCAAGAAGCUGAGUUGAAGAGAAAUGCUAUCGGUCAUUCUGCAGCCGAAGUAGUUCAAGUAGAUGAAUAGCAAGCUGCCAAUGAGCCGAGGGAUGCAAAACAGGAUAGAGGGUAAAUAGUUGCAUCACCAAGGUGUGGCACAGCCUCGUAAAUUGUUAAAUAGUUGAAGAGAAAUGUUAUCGGUCAUUUUGAAUGAAUGAAUUUAACACUGUAAAUGGUAUAGUUUGAUAGGGUAACAAAACAUGAAAUCUUACCCCCAUUCCAAACAGUAAAGAAGUAGAAAAUGAGUAAGAAAUGGAAUUUUGAAAUACAAAAUGUUCUUGUAC